CCCUGGGGGUGGUCCCGGGACUGGGAGGCCGCGCCGCGCACGCUCCGUAAGCGGAGGGGUCGCUGCUCGGAGCCCCGAUCCGGGCGCGGGGAUGGGGAUGGUGCGGGCCGCGCGGAGCUGCUGGCUGCUGCUCUUGCUCUUCGGGACGCUGACUUUGCAGGCGGACCGGCCAGGUUUUCAGCCAUUAUCUCAGCUGUCUGCCUACGAAAUUAUUGUCCCCAAGAGGAUAACAAGAAAACACCGCGAUGUGCUGACAUCCAGGGCAGCAGAGGAUGAACUGUCUUUUGAAGUUGAUGUUGAAGGAACAAAGUAUACACUUGAACUAGAAAAAAACAAAGCCCUUGUACCCAAAGACUUCACAGUUUAUACUUACAAUGCUGACGGCUCUCUGCAUUCUGAGAUUCUGGAUCUCAAGGAUCACUGCCACUAUCAGGGAUAUGUAAAAGGAGUAGCAGAUUCCUUAGUCGCUGUCAGCACUUGCUCUGGACUCAGGGGAUUAUUACAAAUUGAGAGCAUCAGCUAUGGAAUUGAGCCUCUGGAUCCGCCCUCAGGAAUCAAACACAUGAUCUACCGGUUGAAGAAUGUGAAGGUAGAUGAGGAUCACAUGCGGUGCCAGCUUCCUGGGGAAAAGUGGGAAGGAAGAGAUCCUCAGCACCCUGCCAGUGAGACUCAGCGGCUGAGAAGAAAAAGAGGCGUCCUCCUACAGACAAGAUAUGUGGAGCUCUUUAUAGUCGUGGACAAAGAAAGGUAUCAGCUGAUGGGCCAGAAUAAAACUGCUGUUACAGAAGAGAUGGUGCAUUUGGUCAACUACCUGGAUAGUAUGUACAUAGCACUGAACAUCCGCAUCGUGUUGGUUGGCUUGGAGAUCUGGACUCAGGAAAACAAGAUCCGCCUGGAAGGAGGUGCAGGAGACGUUCUUGCCAACUUUGUGCAGUGGCGAGAGCAGGAGCUUGUCCCGCGCCAAAGACAUGACAGUGCACAGUUUGUUCUGAAAAAAGCAUUUGGUGGCACAGCAGGGAUGGCUUACGUGGGUACUGUCUGCUCCAAGAGCCAUGCUGGAGGCAUUAAUGUGUUUGGGCCCAUCAGUGUGCAGAUGUUUUCAUCGAUCGUUGCUCAUGAACUUGGCCACAACCUAGGAAUGAACCAUGACGAUGAAAGGAAGUGUGACUGUGGUUCAGAAAAUUGUAUCAUGAACUCUGGAGCAUCAGGAGCCAGGAACUUCAGCAGCUGUAGCGAGGAAGACUUUGAAAAGCUAACUCUGAACAAGGGUGGGAGCUGCCUCCUCAAUAUCCCCAGGCCUGAAGAAACCUAUAGCAUCCCAUACUGUGGCAACAAGCUAGUAGAUGCUGGAGAGGAAUGUGAUUGUGGAACACCAGAGGAAUGCCAGUAUGAUCCUUGCUGUGAGGCAGGAACUUGUAGACUCCACCCUGGGGCUGAUUGUGGUUAUGGAGACUGCUGUCACAACUGUCAUUUCCUGUCCAAAGGCACAGAGUGUCGCGAGCGGGCCAGUGAGUGCGACCUCCCCGAGUUUUGCAAUGGAACGUCACAGUUCUGCCCGCCAGAUGUCACCAUUGAGAACGGGCACCCUUGCCACAAAGACGAGGCUUACUGCUACAACGGGCUCUGCCAGUAUUACAAUGCCCAGUGCCAGGGCAUCUUUGGGCCAAAGGCAAAGGCUGCUCCCCAAAUUUGCUUUUCUGAAGUGAAUUCCAAAGGUGACAGGUUUGGAAAUUGCGGCUACCAUGGGCAUGACUAUAAGAAGUGCUCGAGCUGGAACGCCAUGUGUGGGAAACUACAAUGUGAGAAUGUACAAACCCUUCCUGUCUUUGGAAUCGAACCUGCCAUUAUCAAGUCUCCCAUCCAAGGUAACACCUGUUGGGGUGUGGACUUCCAGCUAGGAUCAGACGUACCAGAUCCAGGGAUGGUGAACGAAGGCACCAAAUGUGCCCCUGGAAAGAUAUGUAAGCACUACCAAUGUGUCGAUGUCUCUGUUUUGGGUUACAGCUGCAAUGCAGAGCAUCAGUGCAAUGGACGAGGGGUGUGCAAUAGCAAUAAGAACUGCCACUGUCACCCGGGAUGGGCCCCUCCCUACUGUGACGCCAAAGGAUAUGGCGGCAGUCUGGACAGUGGACCUCCAUACAACGAUGUGGAUAACACCACAAGAAAUUGGCUGCUGGCAUUCUUCUGCCUGAUUCUCCCUCUCCUGUUGCUUUUGCUUUUUACUUACCUUGCGAGGAAUCAGUUGAUGUCAUCCUUAAUGCCACUGAUAGAGGCUUGUUGUGGGCGUUUCAGAAGAAGUUCAGACAAUAGGAUUCAGGAGUCUGUACACACUUCCUACCCACCAAACGUUCCCUAUUCUACAAGGGACAUGUCGGCUCCUAUGAGCACACAAGCAAACAGAUACCCUGUGCCAGCGUACACAGCUAAUCUGCAACCGCAUUGUGACACUUAUCACCGCACUUCUCCCCUUCCGUCUUCAGCAGCCAUGGGGCCAUCUAUGGAGCAGCACUGCAUCCCAAUGAGGCCUCCACCCCCUGUGCUGAAGACUGCAAAAACUCAGGAAGCAAUUUACCCAUCUCGGCCUGCACCGCUGCCUCCCAUAUAAAACUGCCGGUUUGUCCUUCACAACCCACCCUGUUCACAGAGCCAGAGCCGCAUCUGUCUUGCAUAAAGUGGCCCUUGAAACCUUUUGUUGUUUCCCUCCAGCACUGGAUAAGAAACGGAACAAAAUGCAAUACCAAGGAAUGUAAACUUACCAAGCAAAUACCUCUACCAAAGCUCCGGGAACUGAAACCACUGGGCCUGUGAAAACACUCUAUGCUGCGGUUGGGCUACACUACUGGAGAAGUGGGUCGCUUUCUGGGUGUUUAUUUUCCCCCUUUUUAGGGUUAUAUUUAAUGAUCAUACAUGGUAUGUGGGUUUCCCCUCCUGGGCUGUUUUUAUACAGAAUAAAACAUUGAGUGAAGACAGACAUAACAUCAUUAGAGAUCAGUAGGAAAUCAAUUAGGAUCAAUUAGGAAAUGUUACUGUUUUUAAUCUAAAUAUAUAUUUUUCAAAAAGACUCAUGAGGAAAGGCAGUUCUGCGUUUCCAACGGAGACCAGCUUAUCGUUAGCACUGAUUGGCGGAAGCUUAUGAUGUCCCCAGAAGCCCACCUCCAAAAUCUGGAGCAAUUUUGCACUUGUAAAAAAUUCUGCUCUUAAAAAAUGACUAAGACUAGCAGUGGACAUAUAUAAGCGUUUAUGUUGCACUUUUAAAAACAGAAAAGGGCAGCCUGAAGCAUGACAGCUGAACUGGCAUGUGUAUUAGUCAUUCAACUGCAAAGCUGAGCCAGGCUCACACUAUGACUGAGUUCUCUUUUUCAAUGUUACAUCUGUCUUCACCUAUAGUCAGGGCCAUCCCAAGACAUUUUGGCACUUGAGGCAGACCCCAAAAUACCACUCCCCUCCCCACCAGCGAAGAAGGGGUGAGGGAAGAUCUACAUCGGGAACAAGGGAAGUGUGAGGAAAGAUCAACAUCAGAAUU